CGUUCAGGCCCCUCGAAAAAUCCGUCCAUCCCUGGUUUCGUGAGCCAACCACGGUUCCAUGAGUUUCGAACGACCAACACAAGCCCGCGUUCAGCACUGUGUGCGUAAACCUGCACGGACUUGCGGACCUACCCAGUGUAAUGCAAGGCUUCCAUCCGAGACAGUCUGCGUACAUCGCAACUCGUGCAGUGUAGUGGAAGUAAAGUGAGGGUCGUGGAGGUCUUCUCCAUCGUUACGGAGUGAAAAAUUCAUACUAAAAACCCGAAGACUUAGCAGAUCAUCAUGCUGAGCAUCGGGAUUAACUUGCGGGUCACCGGACACUGCAAUCAGGGUGGCCGAAAAUACAUGGAGGACAUGUUCAGCGUGGCUUACCAACAGUCCUCGGGCGAUAGAGACCUGGAGUAUGCAUUUUUUGGCAUCUUCGACGGUCACGGAGGUGGUGAGGCUGCUGCCUUUGCCAAAGAACACCUCAUGGAUAUCAUCGUCAAGCAAAAAAACUUCUGGAGCGACAAGGAUGAGGACGUACUUCGAGCCAUUAGAGACGGAUACGUGAAUACGCAUUACGCGAUGUGGCGGGAGCUUGAUAAAUGGCCGCGAACAGCAUCAGGUUUGCCGUCAACUGCUGGUACCACAGCUAGCAUAGCCUUUAUUCGCAAAGGAAAAAUUUACAUCGGUCACGUAGGAGAUUCUGGUAUUAUUUUGGGGUAUCAAGAAGAAGGAGACCCGCAAUGGAAAGCCAAAGCACUUACACAGGAUCACAAACCCGAAAGCGGGCCCGAGAUGACUAGGAUUCAAGAAUCAGGUGGAAAAGUCGUCUGCAAAUCGGGUGUGCCUAGGGUAGUAUGGAAUCGACCUCGAAUAGGUCACAAAGGACCAGUUAGAAGGUCCACUCAUAUAGAUGAAAUUCCCUUUUUGGCUGUGGCUAGAGCGUUAGGUGAUUUAUGGAGUUACAACUCCGAAUUAGAUACUUUUGUAGUCUCACCUGAACCUGAUGUUAAAGUGGUGACUAUAGAUGUCAAGACACACAGAUGUCUUAUUUUCGGAACGGACGGUUUGUGGAAUAUGCUAACUCCACAGGCUGCUGUUGCAAUUGUACAGGCUGCAGAAAGGCAUAAUGAGAAGCAUCUCAUAGCUGCGCAACAAAACGGUGGUGGGCAAAACGACGUUCAAAUGUGGAUUAAUCCCUCUACAAGUUUGGUUGACAGAGCCCUCGAAAGGUGGUCUUCUACUAGAUUAAGAGCUGAUAAUACUAGUGUUGUCACACUCAUGCUUGAUCCUCCCGGACCAUCUCGUAGUGAGGUGUUUCAGAACCAGAAGCGGGAACAUGUUCCGGCGCCUAAGAUACCUGUUCGGCCGGUGUUUCGCGCAGCUACUCCGGUCACUCCGGGAGAGGCUUCUAAGAAACCAGAAUCAAAUCCGCAGAUUCCAGACCCGAUGAAAUCACCACUGAAGACUUGUCUCAGCUGUGGAAGUUCUGAAAAAGCAUCUCCCACCGCUAUUAGUUCUCUUGAUAAGACACCACCGAUUGAGGAAACACCUCCGAGAACUCCUAUCUUAAAAACUUUCAAUCCAACCGAGUCUCCGAUCGUCUCAGAAAGCAUACAAGUAGCCGAAGUUUCUUCGAGUGAUAUAUCCGAUGAAAAUAAGGAAUCGGAAGUUAAGAACCCGCUUGUUUUACUGAAACCAAUUGCGAACGGAAUUAUAUCUUCGGAGAAUGAAUUGCCCAUGGACAGCAUUUCUAACUUGGAGAGUCUCAUCGAGAAGGUUCCGAAGCCAGAAAGAUUCCCCUUAGAGAAAACACCAAUGGCGGAUGCUGAGGUGGAAAAAUUGUAUGCUAUGUCACGUCAGAGUGCAUUUUGUGGUUUAAUGGCUGACCCGGGUGCAUUAAGAACAAAACGCGUGAUCAAUUUGGAUUCAACGACAGAGGGGGAGGAGAAAUUUCAUGGUUUGAAUCGUCAUAAAUCCUUCUCGGACAACCCUCAUGGAAUUGCAGCACAAUUUGGUUCUAGACAGAAACGUGCGAGUGGUUUGGAAUCUACCGCGGAUGAUUUAGGCGCCGGCAUUCAAUACGCGAGGCCGAUUAUUAUCAGCGAGACGAAGCGCAAACAACACUCAUCCUUGAUUUUGCAUCCGGAAAAGCACAAUUUGUACACCAAUGAGAACUUGAAGAAAACGAACCGCAGACACAGCAUCGGGGCCGUUCCACGAAAUACACUUACGCCCAAAGCUAACUUAAAGGAAACGCCAGUUCCUUAUUUGGGAUGCAGAAUUCAACGUGAUUCGAAAUCCUUGCCGGGGAAUCUGUUUGAGGAGCCAAGAAUUGCUGAUAGCACAACGCCGAGGUUAAAUGGUAGUUUGAGGGGAGUGAAGCGUAGGCACAGUGCGAUCAGUCAUGCUAAUGACGGAUCGUGUGUUACGGGAGAAACUUGUGCGAAAAGGAGAACUAGGUCGGAAGAUCGUCCUAAUCCCAUUGAUGAGAAUGACCCAGCUAAUCAGAAACUUGUUGUUGAAGAUGCCCACACUCGAUUGCGGUGGCCGGUGACCGAUAGCCCGUUAACUCGAACAGGUGCAGGUGUAAAUUCAAAUCCAGCGGGAAUCCAAGAGAGGAGACUCUCAUCGCCCAGCUCGUUCCAGAGAAGAAAUCUGGAAAAGAAGGUGACACCAGUGAAAACGAUCCGAAGGCCCUCGAUCAACGGCUCGAGUCGGAUACUACGAGGAAUCUUCGGUCUAAGGGAUUGGGACCAAGGUAGGUCGAACCGAAACGUAGGCUGUCCAAGCCGUCACCGGACAGUUGUUGGACUCAUUAACUCUGUCAGCGAACCGACAACUCCUCAGCGAUGGCUCAGGUCAGAUACGAUCGCCGCGACCCCGGUGAAAACUCUACGUUCAAGAAACGUUGACAUCGCGGGUCACACAGUCUCGGCCCAGGUCGCUCAUCAGUAUGCUAUGAAGCAAAGUCGAUUACCUGUGCCUGCUAAAUUGAAGGCCACACCCACGUCCAUGCUGGCCUUCCCUUCGCCUUCGCAGCCUUCAAAAAGUAAAACCCCUUGUCCCGCGACCCCAUCGUCGGCAGCAAAGACGAGACAGACCAGAUGUGCUGCAAACAGUGUUAGUGAAAGCUGUAGCAAUGGAAUCAGCACUGCUGCAAUCACCAACGAUUCCACAUUGACCAAAAGGGUCAAAUCACCACAUACUCUUGUUUCGCCGCUUAGCACGAGAUCGCGAAUCAAGCGCCUCGGGAAAUAAAUAAAUAUUUACCGACAUCAAUUCGUUAGAAAGAAAGAUAAAUGUUCUAUAUCGAUCGAUCCAAAUGACAAGGUUCUCCCUCGGAACAUCUCAUAAACGGUACUGGGGACACUAGCGCUCUCGCUGAGAUAUUACCUUGUCACUUGGACACAUCGGCAUCCAGUUUUAUGAUCAACGUCUUUUAUUCGUUCCGAUAUACUCGAUUUUCAUCCUACCACUUCUGUAUCAAUUUUCCUUACACAAAUUUACUUUCAGAGGUCUAAUGUGCUCGCGAGUUUUAUGAGUAAAUUAGUUCUUUCCCGCUUCUUCUUAGUUUCAAUUUCGGGCGUGCAGACAAAUUCGACAUAUAAAGGCUCGACUCAGUUCGAUUCGAAUUCUAAAAAAAUGGGAUCGGAUUGAGUCGAGUUUCGAAUUUUUUUGCACGCUCCUAAUUUCGGGUUUUUUCUUUCUUUGAUCUUGGAACGCUCAUUGCGAUUCUUCCCGGUUGGGUUAUUUUUAUGUAACGCUGAUCUCAUACAUAGUCGUUUUUAUGAAUUAUUUCAUAAAAAAUCGUGAAAUUUGGGAAGAGUAAGAAUCGAUUUUGAUAUAUUUUGAUUUUUUAGUUUAGGUAUUAAUAUUUAGUGCAUGCUUUUGCAGAAUUAGUUUUCGGUUGUAAGCACUUUGUGAUGGGAAUGUAUAAAAAUAAUAGAAAUAUGUAUAGAAAGUAUUUCGAAUAUAAUUUUAGUUUCAAAUCUAGUUAAUUCUAACAUAUUUAUACUGGGGCAUUUAAUCUAGAAUUUAACUCUAAAUCUUGUUCAAAAUCAUUACUCACUUGACAAUCUAUUUCUCCUUACAAUUAGUCAUAUAUAAAUUAUUUUUAAGCAAGCUUUGCAAAAAGACAUAAUAUUUAAAAGAUUUUUUACUUUGGUAAAAAAAUCUAAACUACGUAUAUAAAAGUAGUUUUAUACUUUCAAAUAUUUAGACUAAAGUUUGUUAUAUUCAUACAAAAAAUAGAUCUUUUUAUAGCAAUCAUGAGGCCUGAGAGAUUUUUUUGUUUAAAUUAGGGAAGCGGGAAGAACUCUUUUAUCCAGAUACAGAACAGGAAGGAAUUUACGAAAGUACGUGCGCAUCGGGCUGAAAGACGAUUAUAACUAAGCAACAGAUUUUCCGCAUUCUUUUGUCCCCCAGUAUAUUAUGUUCGGUAUAAAUAUUUUCAUAUUUUACAAUCAAGACCUUCGUAUCUGUAAAAGUGUGUUUUUCUCUGAAAAGUAUUUUAUAAUUUAUGUAGCAGUUAAUUUAAUUUUGCGUCUUAAAUGCAACGAAUUGCAUUUACUAAUCGCGAUGGUAUAUUUUGCUCUAAGCAUAAUGUGCAAACAUCACAAUAGUGGUUUUUGAAAAAAUAUUAUUUUGAAAUUCUUUAUUAGAAAUCUGAGCCAAGAACUCUCCCCUUUUUAAGUAAGUGACAAAUGUCGAAGAUUUGGUUAACUAAUCCUUUUUCUUGAUAAGUAAAUAAUUUUUUUAGGUGUAUGAUAUUUUGCUAGGAAAAAUGAUCUUUUUGUAAGUGGUAAUUGUUUCAUUUAAAAGCCAAUAUCUUUAAAACUACUCCGUUGCGUACGUAUAGAAGACUCAGUCCAACCUUUUAUUUCGGGUGCUGUACCACAAUAAUUCGGUACAUUGCUUUUGCACGAAUUAGACAUAACUAUUAUGAAAGAAAAAGCACCUGCAAAGGAUUCGCAGAACACGAUGUAAAACAGAUUCCAGUUAGAAACUUGACAGCAGACUUUUUUUUUGAGAAACUUUUACCGGCGACUAUUGGACCGUAGAAUAUUUUACUGGAGCAGAAACUCGAGUUUUCAAAAAAAAUCGUGUUUUCGAAGAUUUUUACCUCUGCUAUUCUUUUGCUACAUUUAAUUGGUUCUCCUUAAUUGAAAUAUCGGGUUUCAGAAAAUUGAUAAGCCUGAUUCCACAUUUAUUAAUUCUUAUUUUAAUCUUUUUUCGUUUUUCCACAGCAAUCUGAACUAUGUGUGAAGCUUAAUUUGCUAUAUAUGUGAGUGCCAUUAUAUCUAAAACAUUGUCUGAUAGAUUUUUGGAUACUUUUUUUUAAUUGUACAAAUGUACACUUUAUAUAGAUCGAUUAAAAAAAUUCACAUUGUAAACGGGAACAUCGUGUCUAAAUGUCAGAAAAAAAUAAAUAAAGUGGAAUUGCUGAUGUGUUGAGGAAAGAAUUCUAUGAUAAAAAAGUCUAUUAAUGUGCCUACGAUAUAAUUCUCGACGUAUGUACACAUAUUUGUGAAAAAGAAUUGCUGCUACGAUGUUAGGACAAAGGCAAGAGUCCUAUUAUCGUUUAUUUAUGUAUAAAAAAAAAGAGUAUGAACAUGUGAAAGUGAUAAAGCUAGAAGAUGCUCGUAGCGAUCGUGAGUUUGAGUGUACAAGUAUUUUUUGAAUAAAGUGACUAUAAGAUAUAGUAAAUAUUAAAAUUCUAUGUAUAAAAACAAAUCCACGGUAGAGGUUUGUUCUCCCCAUGAGGCAAAUAAAGGCGCCAAUGAUCACAACA